AAAGUAAAUAUUCCGAUUUUCUACUGUGCUCUCACGCUAUUGAUUCGUGGUGUAUAAGCAAUACAUUUUUGAGGCUUCACUACCCCUCUUGAGGGAGUUCACGUUGAAUAUACUCUAUCCCCUACCCUAUCUACAUCGUACAGGUGUAAAGAAAAAAGGAGGAAAAGAGAAAAGAAAUAGCAGAGUUGCGGAGUCGCUGUGGUACCCACACGAACUUCUCAACCUGGUAGUGAUUCAAUUACCAUUAGCCUAUCCUUCAUUCAGUCUACUGCCUGCUUCGUUUAUUCUGUGUUUAAUUAAUUAAACAACGGAAGCCAAGUAUUGCAAUGGAUUUAAAGGAAGAAGACGAAAGUGCGAACGAAAAUAAUAGACAACUGUUUUUGGUGGGUGCACCGCGUGAUCCUCUAGUAUCCACCGGAGCGAUCGUCGCUUCCACUGGAGCACCAGACGAGAUCAACCCUGGAGGAGAUCUACAGUCGACUGCUCUAGCUGGUCUGAUAGGCACUCAAUCUUCCUCAGUUUGCUUUCCUACAAAAUUCUCAUACGACUUUUCACCAAGUCCGGGAAACGAAGACAGACAAUCAACUGGAGUUGGUAAAAGGAAGCAGCGUAGAUAUCGUACCACAUUUACAAAUUUCCAAUUGGAAGAACUAGAAAGGGCAUUUCAGAAAACACAUUAUCCUGAUGUAUUUUUUAGAGAAGAACUAGCUCUACGUAUCCAAUUGACCGAAGCCAGGGUACAGGUAUGGUUUCAAAACAGAAGAGCAAAGUGGCGGAAACAAGAGAAACAAUGUAAAGUAACCACUCACUUGACUUCGCAUUUGCCACCUUCUGAAUGUCAAGAAGUGCAACAACAGCAACAACAGCAGCAACAAUCAGAUCAUUUAUUACUGGAACCACCAUUGGGUAGCCCACCACCAAUAUAUCUUGGCAUGGAAUGGGCAGGAUUUUCACCAUACAGUAACACAGCCACUGCAUCACCUCUUGUGGUUAAUAGUAUGAAUAAGCCACUAGAAUCGGAGACAGAUGACAAUCCUUUGCUGGAUCCAGAACUGUUGCAACUAAAAACUCCACGUUCCUAAUAGUACCAACCCAGACCUAUGCUGUAGUGUAACUUAUUAAUAACAUUCCACAUAUUAUGUUAUAUUUUUAAAGAGCAAAGUGUCUGAUACAAAGAAUUCUUUGCAAUGUCACUUAAAUCUCACCAUGUAUCGUGCAAUAUAUGGCCAUCAAAAGUGUUGUAUAUGCUAUUACCAGUUUUAACUGGUAAACUAUAAUUUAAAGAUGAGGGACCAGAGACUUACUAUAAGCAGCAAGAUAAAAAUUAGAAUUCAAAUAUGUCUGGAGUAUUGUUAUACAUAGAUUUUAUAAAAAUAUAUAGAUUUAUUCUUCAUACAGAUUCAAUGAAUCUCAAAAUGAGUAGUGAUAAUUGUAUUUAUCAGAUUAAAAUCAAAAAUUAAAUUUUGACCCUUGGGAAACUAAUGAAACUGUCCCAGCAUAAAAUAGUAACAUCAUCUUUAUUCCGUGCACAUAUAUUACAAGUCAUUGAAUCAACUAAGUUAUUAAUCGGUUGAUUUAGGAGCAAGUAAGCAAUUCAGGAUGCUUUCUUUGAUCUUUCAAAUGUGAGAUUCAAUUAUCAUUGAUAAGAGCAUUGUUUCUGUCUACCAAGAUGUAUUCGGUCAUGUGAAAUUUUGAAUAAUUAAUCGUCUUGUUAAAAUAUUAACAAAAACUAAUCUAUUAUGAACGAUCCCAAAGCAUCCUGAA